AUGGCGGGCAAGGCGUCCUUGAAGCGAGCAGAGGACUUUGUCGACUUCCUCAAUGCCUCGCCCAGUGCAUUCCACGCUGUCCACUCAGCGAAGCUCCGCCUGGAGAAGGCCGGCUUCAAGCAGAUCAAGGAGCGAGACCCCUGGUCGUCCCACCUCCAACCAGGCGGCAAAUACUACCUCACCCGCAACGCCAGCACCAUCGUAGCCUUCGCCAUCGGUUCGGCAUGGAAGCCGGGCAACCCUGUAGCCAUGGUGGGCGCCCACACCGACUCGCCCUGCCUCCGAAUCAAGCCCGUCUCCAAACGCACCGGCGAUGGCUUCAUGCAGGUGGGUGUUGAGACGUACGGUGGCGGCAUGUGGCACACCUGGUUUGACCGAGACCUGGCCAUUGCGGGGCGGGCGAUGGUGAAGGGCAAGGACGGGAGCAUGGAGAUGCGCUUGGUGCGGGUGCGGAAGCCGAUCUUGAGGAUACCCAACCUGGCGGUGCAUUUCGGUGGAAGUGUGCCGUUCGAGUUCAACAAGGAGGCGCAGCUGUUCCCGAUUACGGGGCUGGUGAGCGCUGAGCUCAACCGGACGGGCAAGACCGGAGAGGAGGUCAAGAAGGAGGAGACGGAGAAGGCUUCAGGAGCGGGCUAUGAGCCUUUCAAGACGCCUACACAACGACACCACCCAUAUCUGAUCGACCUGAUCGCCAAGGAGGCAGAAUGUAAACCGGAUGACAUUUUGGACUUCGAGCUCGUUCUGUACGACACGCAAGCCUCGUGCAUUGGUGGGUUGAACGAUGAGUUCGUAUUCUCUGCACGUCUGGACAACCUGGGCAUGACCUACUGCGCUGUCGAAGGUCUCAUCCAAUCUCUCACCUCACCAACCGCGCUCAAGGACGACCCUACGAUUCGCCUAAUAGCCUGCUUCGAUCACGAGGAGAUUGGCUCCAACUCAGCACAAGGCGCGGACAGCAACAUGCUGCCCUCUGUAAUUCGCAGAUUGUCUUGUAUUCAAUCAUCAGCAACACCAGCCUCAUCCGAUAGCGAGAAGUCUUAUGACCGCGUCAACAGCGGCGAUCAAGACACCAGCACAGCGUACGAGCAGACCCUCUCGACAAGCUUCCUGGUCUCAGCAGAUAUGGCCCACUCAGUCAACCCCAACUACAGCGGAAAAUACGAGCCCGAGCACAAGCCGGAGAUGAACGCAGGCACGGUGGUCAAGAUCAACGCCAACGUCCGCUACGCCACGAACUCACCCGGCAUCGUCCUGCUCGAAGAGUGUGCGAAGCGGGCCAAAGCCGCUUCCUACCAGCCACCUGGCUCCAAGUCCAGCGGCAAGGACACCGGCGUGCCAUUGCAGCUGUUCGUGGUGAGGAACGACAGUCCCUGCGGCAGCACCAUCGGUCCUAUGCUGUCGGCGGCUCUGGGCACGAGGACAAUCGACGUCGGAAACCCACAGCUAGCCAUGCACUCGAUCCGGGAGACGAGCGGAUGUUAUGAUGUCGAGCACGGCGUGAAUCUCUUCGACAGUUUCUUCGAGCACUACGGCGCGCUGGAACCCAAGAUACUCGUCGAUUGA